AUCUUGUCUCGAGACUGCCUACUUUUAAUUCUCAAUAAUAUAAAAAUGACCGACAUGACAGGUAAAUUUAAUUUUUUCUUUGUCUUAAUUGUUUUAAGAAGUGAUUGUUGCAUACGUUGGAAAUGAAAAUUAUUUUCGAAGUUAUAAUUCUCACCAGUUUUGCAGUCUCCGCUCGUGCAGACAGUUAUUGGACUAGUUGGCUUGACCGGGAUGAUCCAUCUGCGUCGGGGGACUGGGAGCUCUAUCACAGCUUUGCGAAAGAAGAACAUGGGCCUCCUUGCAAAGCCGGUUUUGAGCCUGUUGAUGCAAACUGCAGAGUAAAGGGAAGCAAUAUGCUCUGGUAUGAAGCAAAUCAAAACAUUUCUAUUUUAAACCGAUGUACACCAAGGGGAUUCGCAUGCGUAAACAGCGAAACUCAAAGUUGCAAGGAUUAUGAAAUCCAGUUCCUGUGUUACAAACCUCCUGCUGAUGUCAACAUUUAUUGGACUCAUUGGCUCGAUCGCGAUGACCCAUCUGCAUCAGGAGACUGGGAAUUGUAUUCUGGUUUUGUCGAUAGAGACAAUAAUCCUCCUUGCAAAGCUGGUUUUGAGCCAGUUGGUGCAAACUGCAGAGUAAAGAGCAGCAAUAAACCCUGGUAUGAGGCAAAUCAGCAAAUUAGAUCUUCCUAUCGAUGUUCAUCGACGGGAUUCGCUUGUGUAAACAGCAAAACCCAAGUAUGUGAAGACUACGAAAUCCAGUUUCUUUGCUACAAACCUUGACAAGAAAAGCUUCAGCAACACACAAUCCCUUCUUCACAAUGCAUGCUGAUAAUUCGAUGAAUGGUUUAAUUUUAAGUUAAAGUGCAGCCAUGUAAUUGU